GAUGCAAUCGCCUGUGUACAGACUGGCUGGUUGCACCUCUUCCGGUCCAAAGAAGAGCUUCUGAGCUGGCCGAUGGAAGAGGCUCUGGUGGAAGUGGCUGUGUCCAAGAAUCGGAUUGCGGCCGUGCUGCGGGACGGGCAGCUUCUGGUUUGGCGGGAGAGCCAAGGUCAGCUAGUGGAAGAAGUGCGAAUCCUUUUUCCCGAGCCUCCUUCGAUAGCUUGGUGUCCAGAUGAAAAGCACAUGCUUUGCUGUAGAAGGCAUGCGGAGAGUUUUCUCUUCCUACUUGAAGGCUUGACGCAGGGAAGUUGCCUUGACUGCAUGGGUGAGGUGCGCUCGUUUUCCUGUGAGGUCAAGGGUCCGGACGCUCUUUUCAUCACCUCUGCUGCCUUUGCGACAGCUGGUGAUUUUUUCGCUGCCGCAUGGGAGGGACAAAAGGAGUCCUCUUUGUCAAUGUGGCGUUGGAACCCUGCAGUGCCUGUGCUCGCGACCGUGCCGCGUGUCUCCCUGGCCAGCUCGAUUCAUUUGUCUGGCAAGGUCUCAAAGCUUUGCUUCUCCAGUUCAGAAGCUGGGCAAGAACUGCUUGUGCUUUGCGCAAGCGAAAUGCGCAUCUUUGCAUUCAAUGACAUUGAUUUGGUCUUGAUGCCGAAGCGGGUGUUGAGCUUUGGCGCACCCAGCGUGGCCGAUAUGACAAGCGCUGGGUUGCUAGUGGGCAAGGGCAGAAAAUUGGCCUAUGUGUCGCUGGGUGAUGCGUCUUUCAGCUUCCACGCCACGUUGCCCUCGCCCGUGGCGCAGCUGGCACUGGGCGGAGCUUGCCCCACAGGGCCAGUGCUGGCACAACGUGGAGCUGGGAGGUGCUAUUUCCUUGCCAUCGAACCGUUUCUUACGAAGGAGAUGGCUAGAUUCUUGCGUCAGAGCUAUCUGAAAUACUGGGAGCGUUCGAUGGCGCAGCUCCAGCGUAGCUGUGGAAAGCAAAUUGCUGGCAAGCUCAAAGCCACUGCUUAUCCCAACGAGCAGAGCUCUUCGCAGACGGAGGUGAUUCAACGACUCCUUCGGGAGGUGCAAGGCUUGCAGACCCAGGUCCAAGGAAUCCAGUUGAGCCUUGAGUCUUCAUCGGGUGGAGAUCAGCUUGGUCUGGGUCAGGCCCUGGAGUCUCUGGUGCCGCAGCUUGUACAGAAGCUGGGAGAACGCCUCGCCGAUCCUGAGGAUGGUCAGCUCUUUCACGAACGAUUCCUGGCAGCCUUCCCGGUGCAGGGAGACGAUUCUAUGGAUGAGCUGCAUCGAGAGCUUCAGGGCUUCUCUGACCGGCUCAAAAAUCUUCUCCAAGAGCAGCUGUCAAAGAGAUUGCCGCAGUGUUGCGAACAGUGGCGACCCAGCAUCUGGCAGUGUGGGGAGAUCUUGACGAAUGCCUUAGAUGAAGCUGUGAUAAAAGCUCCCGCCACCAUGGCAUCAAGUGAGGCAAAGCAGGCAGUGCAGCGCGUCCACGGCAGUGCUCAAAAAGCAUUCAGCUGCACCGAGGAAUUGCGGCAGGCUACCAGGGAAGCCCUCUCUGGUAUUGUGAGAGAAUACAAGCAGGCCGAGGCUGUCAGGGGGUGCAUAUGUGAUGAGUCGUGAGUAUAGAACUGACAAGAGGGAGGAGUUGCGUGGUUUCUGCCAUUUGGUUUGCAAGCUUGAACCUGUUCCCCCCAAUUCCCCUCAGCUGUUGCUGCACCUUCCAGACCUAUGAGACAUUACGACACUUACAUCAUCGCACAGGGACCAGUCACUGUCUGCAGCACCGUCCGUCUCAUCCACUGACUUCCAGAGCACCACUACAGGGGUUCUCAGAGAUAUGCAAGACCUAGGCAGCUGCUCCGGUCACUGGCCGCGUGCCGCAGCUGAAGGGGUUACGCCAAUGCGCCUUACCCCUGCAAGAAUCGCUUGAGCAGUUGGCUCGCGAGGUGAAAGAGACUCAAGAAAGCCUGCACAGAUUGGCUGAGGAGCCAGGCGACGCAAAAGAAGUGAAUGGGCAUGGUAUCUCGCCAUGAAGCUCUGCAGACGUGGUGGAGGUCAAAACUUAUUCGUGCUGCGACAGCUGUACGAACGUGGAAUCUACUAGGCUGCUUGCGGCCCUGUGAACGAUAAGAAGAUGCGGGUCAAUGGAGACAGGUGCUGUGAAAACUUCCGGCCAUGGUGCUGGGACCAGUAGCGCGCCUGAGUCGUAAAA